UUGAAGCACUUCCGGUUUAUUUUUCCUUACUAAAGAUGGCAGACGAAGCGACGAGAAAGACAGUUUCAGACAUUCCAGUUCUCAAAACAAAUGCUGGCCCAAGAGACCGGGAGUUAUGGGUUCAGCGCCUAAAGGAAGAAUACCUGGCUCUUAUAAAGUAUGUGGAGAAUAACAAGAAGGCUGAUAAUGAUUGGUUCAGACUAGAAUCCAAUAAGGAAGGAACAAAAUGGUUUGGGAAGUGUUGGCAUAUUCAUGAAUUGCUGAAAUACGAAUUUGAUGUUGAAUUUGAUAUACCAGUUACAUAUCCUGCCACGGCACCAGAAAUUGCAAUCCCUGAAUUGGAUGGUAAGACUGCCAAAAUGUACAGAGGAGGAAAAAUUUGUCUAACUGAUCAUUUUAAACCACUCUGGGCAAGAAAUGUUCCAAAAUUUGGAUUAGCUCAUUUGAUGGCCCUUGGGCUUGGACCAUGGCUUGCCGUUGAGAUUCCUGACCUCAUUACCAAAGGACAGAUUGAACAUAAAAGCAAGUCAUCAAGUUGAAUGUCUAUGGCUGUUCUAGUCUGAUGAAACUGAUAUGUCCAAUUGCUUUCAGGUCCAUGCCAGUCUUAUGUCCUCUUAGAGUAAUUCAUCCAGUGUACUUGUCCAGUUCAGAAUGACUCGAUUUACUAAGCAUUUCAUCAUGUGACCUUUGGCAAUUUGUCCCUUUUCUUAUAUGGCAAUUAACUCAUUAUUGUGUUCAUCUUUUUAAAACACCGUGUUCAGGAAAUAUUAACUGUAUUAGUUGGUAUACUGCUUAUUAUAUACAUCAGGAAGGUUGUCUAAAGAUGAUUUGCCCAAAUAUGAAGAUCUGUGACAUUUCUCUAUUCAUUCACUUUGGUUUUAAGAACUGUUAAAAAUAUAUAUUUAUUUUAUAUUGGUAUGAAUCUUAUAGUUUGUAUCUUCAUGUACAUUAUUUUUGUGAUGAAAACAAUGAACAAAGAAGUAAAACAUCAUCAAUCUGAAAGUUAAACAAGAGA